AUGGAUGAUGUCGCCAGUGAUGAUCGCCUGUGCACCACGCGAGCUUCUUGGUCGGAUUUUUCUCUUCGAAAUAUCUUCAGUCACGAGGACAUGGCCUGGCUCGAAGCCCUCGUCGCCGGGUUAAAAGGCGAAGGUUUCAGCCGCGGCUCUGGGCUGUCGAAAUCAACCUUGACUGGAGAAAUACGGGAGAGGCUUGACACUGUCGCAAGCCUUCGUCAAGAGCAGAUACUGGCCUACAUCAUUGGAACUCAAGAUACGGUGAAGCUGAUUGCAUCUCGCGUUGUCAUUUCAUCCCUGCUGCUCAUGCACAAGCAAGGGAAGUCCAAUCUGACGAAAAAUGACUACAAGAUGGGCACAGAAGAUCUGAAUUCUGCUGUCAUGAGUGCAGCGAGUGUCCUGGCUUUAGGAGCAUACAGCAGCGAUGGUGAACUUUUGUUUUCCAGCGAGCAUCCAGCUGAUGUGGAUCCGCUCCCAAGGCGCUUGCACGGGCGAGCACUGAUUGUGCAGAGUCGGAACAUUUCAGUGUGGUCCGGAAUUCCCUAUGCAGGUCGCAAUAAUACAUUCUUGAUCGACAUCACAGCUUCUGUUGACUAUAAGGACACCUUUUGUGGAAUUAUUCUGGCUUCAGUUGAUGCGGAGAAGUUCAAGCAAACUGUGCAUGAUGGAACUGGUCUUCAGUCCACGGGAGAGCUUCUUGUUGCGUAUGUCAGUGAAGGCGACGACAGGGUGAAGUUCAUAGUUCCUCCAAUCAAGUCUCCGUCUGUCAGAUAUUCGACUUUUAUGGGUGCUGCCUUCAGGGCAGCGAGUGGCCAGACAGGAUACUACCAAGGGGCUGAUUUUCGUGGUGUUGAUAUCGUUGCUUCCUACCGGCCCAUUGGUUAUGACUCCUGGGGUCUGGCAGCUACAAUUGACAAAGAAGAAGUAUACACCUCGAUAAGGAAGUUUGAGAAGAUCAUUAUCAUUUCAAUGUCCUGCAUUUUUGUGCUAGGGAUUCUCGCAGCCUAUGCCUUAGCCACGUAUUUCUCCCGUCCGAUCAUGGAGCUUGGCGAUGCAGCAAGCAAAUUGGCACGGGGUGAUUACAGUGCAAGAGCUCAUGGGCGACGAGGCUGCUUGAAGGACGAGAUUGAUGAGCUUUGCAGUGUGUUCAAUGACAUGGCUGAUCAGAUCUCCAGUGCUUACUCAACUUUGGAACAAAAGGUGGUGGAACGCACGCAAGACCUGGCACUGCUGAAUCAGGGUCUAUCCUCUGAGGUGGAAGAGAGGAAGAGUAUGGAGUUACAGCUUCAGGUUGCCAAGGAGCAGGCAGUUUCAGCAGACAAGGCGAAGUCUGAGUUCCUGGCGAACAUGUCUCAUGAAAUAAGAACACCAUUGAAUGGCAUCAUCAAUUGCACAGAGCUCUGCUUGGAUACUGCUCUCAGCUCUGAACAGAUCGAGUAUCUUGAGCUUUCCUUGUACUCAGCCAAGCAUCUUUUGCGCCUGAUUGCUGACAUUCUGGACUUCAGCAAAAUCGAAGCAGGGAAAAUGGACCUGGAGAACAUCGAGUUCUCGUUACAGGACCAGAUGGAACAUGCUGUGUCUGUCCUGGCGAAUCGGGCAAGGAAGAAAGGCCUUGCACUUGUUUCAUGGCUUAGGUCUUCUAACAUGCCAGAAAGUCUCAUGGGUGACCCUGGACGCCUGCUUCAGAUCUUCAUCAACUUGUUGGGGAAUGGGAUCAAGUUCACUGAGAAGGGGGAAGUUGUGUUAACUGCGACACUUGUUUCUCUCAAGGAUCAGACUGCAGAGGUUCUUUUUGCUGUUAAAGACACAGGAAUCGGCAUACCUCAAGCCAAGCAGUGUCUUCUGUUUCAAGCAUUCAGUCAAGUGCACGCUUCAGAUUCACGGCUGUAUGGAGGGACGGGGCUGGGGUUAAUGAUCUCCUCUCGCCUGGCUAAUGCGAUGGGUGGCCAUAUGUGGGUGGAGAGCGAAGAGGGUUGCGGGUCAACGUUCUUUUUCACAGCCAAGUUCACUGUACCACCAGAGCCUGCAAAGCCAUCGUCACUAGCACGGUGUGGUGCUCUGUGUCCGAAGAUGAACAAUUUCCGCGGGCUUGUUGUGGAUGGGAAUGAAUCAAUGAGGAAGUCCAUCCUUUCGACUCUUGAGAAGCUGAAAGUCAAGGCAGACGAUGCAGCUGAUGCAGCCUCCGCUCUGGAAAUGCUCCAGAAAGCAGCAUACGAUGAGACGCCAUACACGCUUCUCAUUGUCGACUCUGCAGUCAAGGACACCCACCAUGCUCCCUCCUCGUCAUCCUCCUCCCCUUCAUGCUCUUCCUCCUAUGACAAUGAUGCUGCCUCCACCACCUGUGCAAAGCUUCUGCGACGCAUCAAGGAGCAGAAUCUCCUCCAUCAGGACAACCUUGGAUGCCGAUUCUCAAACGGGGAAUGCAGUAGCAGCGGUGUCGUGCAAGAGAUGGAAGAUCUCACUGGGCACUCCGAGUCCCCUGUUCCCGCCUGGCUAUUCUCUAGGGAGCAGGAAAAUACCGCAGCAGCAGAAGAAGAAGAGUCUGAUGCCAGUGUGCUCUCUUCGAAAGCAAGGGGAAGUGCUUCAGCAAAGGGACCAGGCGGGAGUUCCGGUCAGCAGCUACAUCCAGUUCGGAGGGCUGAAUCUCAGUCUGUUACAGCUGACAACGGAAAAGAGAUGCGGCUGCAGAAGUGCGGCCAGGCACAGGGUUCCUGCUCUGCCACAGAGGGUUGUCGACCCGAGCCUCGCGAAGAGGACUCGGCACUGCCUGUGGUGUUGUUGACACCAGGGGGUCCUGACGACAAGGCCUUGUGCAAGGAACUCGGGGUGCAUCUCUAUGUCCCCAAGCCGGUGAAGAGGAAAUUGCUUCUGCGAAGAGUCAAGCAGGCAUUGAAGCUCCCCCUGCAGGAUGGGCUGUCGGCGUCGAAUUCAAGUGCUUCGGAUGAGGCAUCGGCAGCAGCAGCGGCUGACAGGAGUCUCAAGGUGCUGGUUGCAGAAGACAACAUUGUGAACCAGCGGGUCGCCAUGACCCUGCUGCGCAAGUGGGGGCACGAAGCGGUUCUGGCCAGUGAUGGUGAAGAAGCUGUGGAGAAGGUUCAGGCAGGAGUGUUUGAUGUGAUACUAAUGGAUGUGCAAAUGCCUGUUUGCGAUGGCCUGCAAGCAACCAAGAGAAUCCGUGAAUACGAGUCCACAACGAAACGGCACACGCCCAUCAUUGCUAUGACAGCACAAGCGCUUAUCGGGGAUGGAGUGAAGUGCAUAGAGGCAGGAAUGGAUUCAUACAUGAGCAAACCUUUGAAUGCAUCCAAGCUGAAAGAUUUGUUGCGCCUUGUGUGCCAAUCAAAUGUGCUUCCGAAGCCAACUAAUGAUUGUGCCCGAGAUUUUUAA